AUGGGGCAACGCGCCCCAGCGCUGAGACUGCUGCAGGCACUGGCGAUUCUGGUGCUAAAGCCAUCACUGCUGCAGCCCUGGGAGCUGCCAGGGUCGCGCUGCCCCGAGCCCUGUGACUGCGCCCCUGACGGUGCCCUGCGCUGCCCCGGCCCUCGCGACGGCCUCACCCGACUAUCACUCACCUAUCUCCCUGUCAAAGUGAUCCCAUCUCAGGCUUUCAAGGGACUUAAUGAGGUUGUAAAAAUUGAAAUCUCUCAGAGUGAUUCCCUGGAAAGGAUAGAAGCUAAUGCCUUUGAAAACCUCCCCAAUUUGUCUGAAAUACUGAUCCAGAACACCAAAAACCUGGUAUACAUUGAACCCGGUGCUUUUACAAAUCUCCCUCGGUUAAAAUACCUGAGCAUUUGUAACACCGGCAUCCGAACCCUCCCGGAUGUUACGAAGAUCUCCUCCUCUGAAUUUAAUUUCAUCCUGGAGAUCUGCGAUAACUUACACAUAACCACCAUACCAGGGAACGCUUUCCAAGGCAUGAGUAAUGAGUCCAUCACGCUCAAACUGUAUGGAAAUGGAUUUGAAGAAGUACAAAGCCAUGCAUUCAAUGGGACGACGCUAAUCUCGCUGGAACUGAAAGAAAACAUACAUCUGGAGAAGAUGCACAGUGGAGCCUUCCAGGGAGCCACGGGGCCCAGCAUCCUGGAUAUUUCUUCCACCAAAUUACAGGCCCUGCCGAGCGACGGGCUGGAGUCCGUUCAGACCCUCAUUGCCAAGUCAUCCUACGCCCUGAGAACUCUGCCCCCCAGGGAGAAGUUUACCAGCCUGCUGGUGGCCACUCUGACUUACCCCAGCCACUGCUGCGCUUUCAGGAAUUGGCCAAAGAAAGAACAGAAUUUUUCAUUUUCCAUUUUUGAAAACUUUUCCAAACAAUGUGAAAGCGCAGCGAGGAAACCAAAUAAUGAAACGCUCUAUUCUGCCAUUUUUGAGGAGAGUGAAUUGAGUGACUGGGAUUACGAUUAUGGCUUCUGCUCCCCCAAGACACUCCAAUGUGCUCCAGAACCAGACGCUUUUAAUCCCUGUGAAGAUAUUAUGGGCUACGCCUUCCUUCGAGUCCUGAUUUGGCUGAUUAAUAUCCUAGCCAUCGUUGGCAACUUGACAGUCCUCUUUGUUCUCCUGACCAGUCGCUACAAACUGACGGUGCCCCGUUUUCUCAUGUGUAAUCUCUCCUUUGCAGACUUCUGCAUGGGCCUCUAUCUGCUGCUCAUUGCUUCAGUGGACUCCCAGACCAAAGGCCAAUACUAUAACCAUGCCAUAGACUGGCAGACCGGCAGCGGCUGCAGUGCAGCUGGCUUCUUCACUGUGUUUGCCAGCGAGCUCUCUGUCUACACACUCACAGUCAUCACUCUAGAGCGGUGGCACACCAUCACCUACGCUGUGCAGCUGGACCAAAAGCUGAGGCUGAGACAUGCCAUCCCAAUCAUGCUUGGAGGGUGGCUCUUUUCUACUCUGAUUGCCAUGUUGCCCCUUGUGGGUGUCAGCAAUUACAUGAAGGUCAGCAUCUGCCUCCCCAUGGAUGUGGAAUCCACUCUCUCACAAGUCUACAUAUUAUCCAUCUUGAUCCUCAAUGUGGUGGCCUUCCUCAUUAUCUGUGCUUGCUACAUUCGGAUUUACUUUGCAGUUCAAAAUCCAGAGCUGGUGGCUACUAACAAGGAUACCAAGAUUGCUAAGAAGAUGGCCAUUCUCAUCUUCACAGACUUCACAUGUGUGGCACCAAUCUCUUUCUUUGCCAUCUCAGCGGCCUUCAAAGUGCCCCUUAUCACUGUCACCAACUCGAAAGUUUUACUGGUCCUUUUUUAUCCUGUCAAUUCUUGCGCCAAUCCAUUUCUGUAUGCAAUCUUCACAAAGGCAUUUCAAAGAGAUUUCUUUCUGCUGCUGAGCAAAUUUGGCUGCUGUAGACACCGGGCUGAACUUUAUAGAAGAAAGGAAUUCUCUGCCUAUACCUCCAACUGCAAAAACGGCUUCCCAGGGUCAAGUAAGCCUUUCCAGGCUGCUCUGAAGUUGUCCAGAGUGCACUGUCAACAUCCUGCUGUCCUAGACAAGACUUGCCACCAAGAAUGCUAA